GGCCGGUGCCGGCAACGUCACGCUCUGAGGGGACCCUCGGCGGCGGCGGCCCAGCAUGGGCGGCCCGCGCUCCUCUCCGGCGUCCCUUCGCUGAGCAGCCAUGGCCGGCCCUUCCCGAGACCUGGUGGGCACCGACGUCUUCGACGAGGCCGUGCAGAGCACCUGUGACGUCGCCUCCCACUGCAAGCGGUAUGCUGUAAGUGUUGGCUACUGGAAAGACCCUUACAUUGAACAUUUUGUAAGCCAUCCAAAAGAAAGGAAGGCACCUGAAAUCAGCCGUGGGUAUUAUGCCCGGGUCCAAGGAGUUGGUCGUUUACUUAAGGCUUUCUUAGAAAAGACAAAAUGCAAUUGUCAAAUUAUAAAUCUUGGUGCCGGCAUGGAUACUCUGUUUUGGAAAUUAAAGGAUGAGAAUCUUCUUCCUUUGAAAUACUUUGAAGUUGAUUUUCCAUCUAUAGUAUCAAGGAAAAUUCACUACAUCAAAUCAAAGCCUCCUCUCUCCAAACCGAUCAUGGAAAGCCAUUCAGGGGAGACUGUUCUCAUAGACGCACAUAGUUUGGAUACCAGCCGAUAUGCCAUCGUUGGAGGUGAUCUUCGAGACCUGCCCAAAUUGGAAGAACAGCUGAAGAAAUGCCACAUGGAUCCAGAUUUGCCAACGCUCCUGAUGACGGAAUGUGUGCUGAUCUACAUGACCACGGAGCAUUCGGGUGGCCUCAUCAAGUGGGUGGCAACCACGUUUCGGUCUGCCAUGUUUAUCAACUAUGAGCAGGUGAAUAUGUUGGAUCGCUUUGGACAGAUCAUGAUUGAGAACUUGCAGAGCAAGCAGUGCGAGCUGGUUGGUGCAGAUGCUUGCAGAUCUCUGGAGACCCAGAAGGAACGGUUCCUGCAACAUGGCUGGGAAACAGUAAAUGGUCUUGAUAUGCUGAAGGUCUAUCAGAGUUUGCCAUCAGAUGAGAUCAAAAGGGUAGAGGCACUUGAGUUUCUGGACGAGAAGGAACCAUUUGAGCAGCUCAUGCAACAUUACUGCCUGUGCUGGGCUAUCAAGGAUUCCCAGAAUUUAGGCCUUGCAGACAUUACUCUGUGACGCAUUUGCUCCAGUGGAGCUCCAGGUGAACCUGCUGCCCCCCUCCCGGUGGGCCUCUGCAUGCAUCCACUGCCCCUCUGCUCCCGUGAAGGUGCUCGCAGGUGAACAUGAGCCUUGGAGCCGUGGCAGGCACCCUCCCCUCCCCCAUUUGUGGCACGUGACAACCUUUUGAAUAAAUUCCUCUUUUUGUGAGCAGCUGAAAAACAAGCAAGUCUCUCUCCCUUCUGUAGG